CGAGAGAGAGAGAAAGAAAGAGAAAAUAGCUACAACUUUCUGUUUUUUCGAGAGCUGCAUUUAUUUCUAUCACUAUCGCUGUAGAAGGGCCCCCACCCGCCAUUUGAACAAGCACAAAACCUCUACUACCCUCUAAACAACCACUACCUAUCCGGCACUCAACCAUCAAUGCUUGCUAAGCCCCCCACUCACACAGCGUCUCGUUUCUAAAAAGUUGGCAACAAAACUUUUCUUUCAUUCAUUAUUAAAAGGAAGUGGACUUCGAUCUAAUUGGGCUGCCUUUUUUAAGGCGUUUUGUAGGGUGUAAAGGACAAUUUUGAAACACCAACCCCCAUUUCUUCACACAAAUUUUCCACUGCCACUAUUACUACGACGACUGCUAUCAUUCUGCCUGGGAAUAGAAAGAAAGAAAAAAAAAUAUAGGAAAAGGAAAACGAGACGUUUAAUCCAAACCAACUUACACACCCCUUAUAGUCUUGUGAAGUUAGCUAGUCUCGUCUGCCAGCCUGCUAGACAGACAGACAGACAGGCAGACGGUGAGAUCCCCUUCCCAUAAACAUCAAACCAGCUGGUUCUGUAGCAAAAGUAUCGCUUAUCUUUCCCCGCUGGACUUACUUUUACUCUGCCUUAAACCUGCACCUGUCUUGGAGUAACGUUUCACAAGAUUUUUCAAGGAUUUAUUAUUAAUAUUAUUUUAUUCAAUUUCUAUUUUUAAAAAAAAACAAACAACAAAAAAACGAAGAAAUGACGUGUUGUUGUUGUUGCUGCGAAUCGAAAAGCCCUGGAGCCCGCAAAGAGAACUGCUGUGACAAGUUCUUAACAUGUCUGUCACAUGUUCCCUGCGCGUCCCUCAUUGCUUGGAUUAUAUUACUACUCGGACUUGGCGGCUUAACAGGCAGUUUGCUCUAUGGAGUCACCAAAUGUCGCAAAGUCAUGGACGAACCAUCCUUUUGGUGGUUCAUGGAGUUCACAGUUAUUGGUGUUGUGGUCAUCAUGUUUGUGCUGGGAACACUGUUUCUUGUCAUUGCUCACCUCUCAUCUGAUCCCACUAAUCGAUAUGUGUUCAAUACAUCCAAGAAGAACAUGUGCGCCAGAGGACUCAAUGUCUUUGUGCUGUUUCUUGCCUAUUUCCUGGCCGUGAUCUGGGUAGCUGCCAGCUCCCUUGGAGUAAUGCCAUUAUUGGUCAGCACAUUCAUUCUCUCCACUGACUUCAAGAAGGGAGACUGCAUUGAACUUAAGUAUUAUGGUCUCAACAAAACUAUUUGUGAGCCAGAACUGGAGAUGUUCCUGAAAGAUGGUAAAGAGCUGUUCACUUGCUAUAUCUUUACCUAUGUAUCAGCAGUGCUGGUGACUAUCAGCAUGAUUCACUUUUUGAUUGCGGUCAGUGCUAAUUACACACACUUGAAGGAUUCUAGAUUCGCUACAUACAAUGCUUACGAGACGGAGGAUGUACGAAACUCCAAGCAUUCGAUACUAGACACCAACAUGUGAGCAAGCUGACAACUUGCUGUACCAUCAUUUGCAUUAAAUGACAGAGAAGAGAAGAGAGAAACGGAAAACAAACAAACACAAAAAUCAAUCAAUAAAUAAAAUUAAACUAGAAAGAUGAGACGAGAAAGAAAAAA